AUGGCGUCUUUUGGAAAAAUAGAGCAGUUUAAUGGACAAGAAGCGGAAUUUGAAGAAUACGUAGAGAGACUGGAGCAGUAUUUUGAGGCGAAUGACCUGGGCAAAUUAACCCUGAAUGGAGAUGGUUCAAACGAGGGAGACGUUGAAGCCCGUUUAAGGAAAAGACGUGCUAUUUUCUUAAGUAUUAUUGGCCCUGCGACAUACUCAGCCCUACGAAACAUAAUUUCUCCUAGCAAACCAGCGGAGAAAACGUAUGAAGAGUUGGUAGCGGUCUUACGAAACCGUUUUGCACCGACAAAAUCCCAGACAGUACAAAGGUACAAAUUUCAUUUACGUGUACGAAGAGAAGGAGAGAAAAUAGCCGAUUACGUAGCUGACCUGAGGAAAACCGCCGAAUCUUGCAAUUUUGGUGAUAGUCUACAUGAUAUGCUGAGAGACCGACUUGUGUGUGGAAUUAAGAACGAGAAAAUUCAAAACCGACUACUCGUGGAGUCUGACCUCACUUUCGCCAAAGCCUACAAGAUAGCCAUUGCUCAAGAAACCGUGGCUGAGGAGGCCACAGCAUUGCAAGACAGCCUCAGACCUAGCCUUUCAGUAAACAGAGGACUUCAACUUGUCAUAACCCAUGAACCAGCAAAGAAACUUUUUUCUACAGGCAACAAUGAACUAGAUGAGAAAGUUGCUUAUGGAAUGGUGUUGAUGAACUCAGGUGAUCUUAAUGGUACUGUUGAGCACUUCACAAAGGUUAUCAAGGAGCAUCCUGGUUCAGCAAGUGCAUAUUUUGGUAGAGGGACAGCUCAUGUAAGGAAGGGAAUUCAGGAUCACAAGAAUGCUGAAGCUGCAAUCAGAGACUUUUCAGCAGUAAUAACACAUCAGCCAAAAAAUCCUGAAGGCUGGAUACGAAGAGCAGAGGUAUAUUCUCCAUUAGGACGUAUCCCUGAAGCCCUUGCCGACAUCACAGUUGCAUUGGAUCUGCAGCCAUCAGCAGAAUUAUAUUUGAUGAAAGGAACUUUGCUCUUUAUGACAGAGGAUUAUGAAGGAGCGUCAAAGAUGUUCGAAAAAUCUCUUGAGAAAAAAUCUAACGAACCUACUGCCAUGCUUUACUUAGGACUAUCCUUUUACCACAGGGGUAUGAUCAAGCAAGCCAUCACAUGGUACAAGAAGAUCCUGAAGACACAAACCAACCAUGCUGAAGUACACCGUAGUCUUGGUAGCGCCUAUAGAGAACUAGGUGAUGCAAGGACAGCAUUAGAACAUUUUAAAGCCGCUUUGGCUCUUGAACCCGAUAGUGCACCGACAUUCCAGUUAAGUGGUGUUCUCCACUACAUGAAUGGGAAACCCAAAAAGGCAGCUAAAGAUUUCCAGUCUUGUCUAGAACUAGACCCAUACAAUGCAGCUUGUGUCUACAUGGAAGGAUUGUGUUACGCGGCUAUUGGAAACUUCUACGAGGCUGUCAAAGCAACAACGAAGAUUAUUGUUGAUGAACCUGCAUAUCUAUCGAAUGGAAUAACUGUCAAAGCUCAGUACCUUAGAGAAUACUCCCGCUAUUUGCAUUCCUAUCUGGACACUCCCUUGACUGAAUAUUCACCCGAUGUAGAUUUAGACGGACGUCUGAGAGACCACUGGGUUAAAAGCCUCCCACUUAACUUAAAUAAUUACACUGAACAACCAGGCAUACAGCCGAAUAUAAGGGAAGUGGAAGAUGUAUCAUUUGGAGACCUAACACCCGAUGCACAGAUACUGGUGUGUAAGUCGUCAACCUUGGGUUCCCUAAUACAGUACAACACAGAAGGAUUUAUGCCCAAUACGCGUCACCUCAGGGCUAUGGGCUUAGGCAUGUUGGAUGUAGCACAGGUAGCCCAUAAACACUGGAAGUCAAUACGGUCAUCUAAAGACAAUAAAAACAGAUUGACGUGGAGAGAACUGUUUGAUUUGGCUGUCAAGUGGCGAAGAUUCGUUGAUCCAGAUCAGCCUGUACUGUGGUUGGACAAAAUGCCUGGCAAGAGUGUUAAAGCAGGGUUCAACGUCCACAUGACCCUCGUCAAAGGGCAAAUGAAAAAUAUCCGAUACGCAGAAUAUUUUGAUAAAAUAUUUCAAUUUACGAAGACAAUGCUUCUGCAUUUUUACAAAAUGGAUGAAUUCAGUACAAAGGAGUUUAAAAGAAGAAUCGAAAAAUCAAAAACGUGUGAUGACUUAAUUAACGUUUUAAAGCUCCAGAAUCCCAGUAACCCUCAGCCAGGGCUCAUGCUAUCUACUCACGUGGGUAGUUUGAAGACUGGAGGGAAAAGUAAUCUGGAUGGGAUUAUCCUGAUGUUGUCUGAAGGAAGUGGUCAGAAUCUAAUGUUCUCCAUGGAUACGGCUACUACACCAAGUCGUACGUCAUCUUACCACUCCGAGCUAGACUUUAUUUGGAGUCAGAUUUUAAACGAAGCAAGAAAACCUUCAAACAAGGACUUAGACGCUUUAGGCCAGAAUAUCUUAUCCUUGGCGUACUAUUUCUUCAAUUUAAUGCCUUUGUCAAGAGGUUCAAGUGCGGUGGCAUAUACAGUAGCGUUAGGACUAUUUUUAGCCGCAGGUAGAGAAGCCACGGGAAAGAUACCUAAGGGAAAGGAAGUGGAUCUUGAAGCGAUAAUAGGAGGGACCGCUGAAGUGUUUACAAAACAAGUCAGAGGAUGGCUAGCCUUGAAGAAGCCAUCCAAACCAAUCUCAUCCUAUCCAUCUGUACAAGAAACCUUUCCCACCUUAAGAACAUCGUUAGAGGCCCUAAACGUCGACCUCACCGAGGCAAACUGUCGUGAACACAAGAUAAAACUAGGAAACGCUGUUAAUUGAUGUUUAAAGAAUUCCAUUCUCAUUAAUUAAGUUUUUAAUAAAAUGGAAAGAAGAAAAGAAA